AUGGCAGAUCCAGCUGGUGCAGAUGGCAGCAUCUACUGCUUUCUCGAGGCUUGUAGAGUUUGUUGUGCCAUGUGGCAAGCCCUCUUUGGAAAGAAGACUCCGGAGAAUGAACACAGCAUCCAGGUGCGUUUUGCCCCGGGCUGGAAUGCUGCCUUCAUCGAACAACGUUCCAUGCAGAUGCCAUCGAAGUGGACAUCAGACACCGAGGAAUGGUUCAACGUGAGCUCGAUGGCAUGGCAUGGCAUCAUCCGAACCAUAGAGGAAACCUUAUACUGCGAAGAAACCAAGGCAAUCCAAAAAAAAAUCAGGUGUAGAGGAUGCGUCAUCAUCCUUUCUUUGAUUGGCUUGGUCCUAGGCUUCAUGUGUGGCUUUCUCAUGAGCUUCCUCGGAUGCUUGGAUGGUGAUGCUGGAGUGUGCGCAACAGGUCUAACCUUCGCGGUGAUUUUUGUUAUCUCGCUUGUGAGUCUGGUUGCUUCCUUUCUGUCGAUGAAUUGCCUUCUACCUGCCUAUGCGCGCUUGGUCUUAGACAAGUUAGAGCCGCAGAUGCCGCAGCUGCAGGCAGCGAAUCCCAACAUGAGGUUGGACCUGAUGAAUAUCAACUUGCAAGGCGCAGCUCAGUUUGAUCUCCGUGUGAGAUUGAAGAGCAGACAGGAGUGUGAGGAACAACGAACCAACGAGAAACCGAUCUCAGAGCGACUACCAGUCUCCCCCAAGCCUCAGAUUGUGGGAGUUGCACCACUCCCACAAUCUGUGCCCACAUAUUGGACCAAUCAGGACCUCCGUGAAGGGCAUUUUCGACAACGCUGCGAAGUAUCGGCGGAGUCACGAGAGCUCCUGCAGGCACUCUUGGAUGAAACUUUCAAGACUCGCAGCACCAGAGAUCGACAAGGGAAAAUGCCACGUCGCCUGCGUGUGGUCAAGUGCCAAAGAGUAGAGGACAGCUCGCUGUGGUACUGGUACCUCUCUGGCUUAGAAAAGCUGAAGACGAGCUGGCCGAGUUGCACUCCCAUUAGCGAUCAUUAUACCGCAUCGCAGGACGCUCCAGAAGCUCAGGCAGGUGAUGUUUGCACAAAGCAGCCACUGGGUGGAUUCUCCAAUCGCUUGGAUCCCAAGCUUAAUGAGUUUUACCUCAUGCACGGUACAAGCCCCGAUGGUGCCCUGGGCAUCACCGAUGGGGGCUUUCGCCUGGAUUUGACGGGAUCCCAUGCGGGGACGAUGUUCGGAAACGGGGCAUACUUUGCAGAGUGUUCUUCAAAGGCAGAUGAGUACUCUAGCGCAGGUGAAGGGAUCUACGAGGGUGUUUAUGCCAUGCUCUUGUGCCGCGUUGCUUGCGGUCAGAUGCUCCGCAUGUUGCGUCCAGACCCUCAAAUGGUGGAACAUGCCAUUGGUAAAGUUGCUUCUGCAGUUCUUGGGGAUAGGGAGGCCUCUGUUGGCACCUAUCGAGAAUUUGUAGUCUUCGACGCAUCCCAGAUCUAUCCAGAAUAUGUCGAGAUCAGUGGUGUGAACAUCGGGCGGAUGAUCUUUAAGCUGUACGACAACAUUUGUCCCAAGACGGCAGAGAAUUUUCGAUGCCUUUGCAAUGGUGAGCGAGGCACCGGGCUGAUUACUAAGAUGCCCUUGAACUUCCAGGGUUCCAAGUUCCACCGUGUCAUUCCCGGUUUCAUGGCACAGGGUGGAGACUUUGAACUGGGCGAUGGCCGCGGUGGGGAGUCCAUCUACGGUGGCAAGUUCAAUGACGAGGCGGGUGGCUUAGCUUUGCGGCAUGCGAAGAGGGGUCUUCUGAGCAUGGCCAACAGUGGCCGGGACACAAAUGGCUCACAAUUCUUUAUCCUCUUCAAGGCUGCACAUCACCUGAAUGGUAAGCACUGCGUCUUCGGGGAGCUGGUCGAGGGGCAAGCCACCCUGGAUGCGAUAGAAGGUGUGAAGACCACAUCUGACGACAAGCCCAUUGCGCCCAUCACCAUUGCAAGAUGCGGCCAAGUGGAAAGACGAGUGGUUGGCGUUCGGCCAGUGAAGAGGAAGAAGACGAAGGAAGUGAAUUCAAGCUCGUCUGAGUCAUCGUCCAGCGAGAAGAAGAAGAAAAAGAAAACUAAGAAGGACAAGAAGAAGAAAAAGAAGGACUGA